GGGCUGAGGGGCGGGGCCUGGCCGGUAGGUCGCUCCCGGCUCGGUGACCAGCGCGCACCUCCGCUGCCGCCGCCAUCAUCAUGAUGAACCCAGACCUGCGCAGGGAGCGCGAGGCGGCUGCCUUCCAGCCCGAGCUGCUCACCCAUGUCCUGGACGGCGGCGCCGAGCGCACGACCCGCCGCCGCGAGAUCGAGGCGCUGGUCCUGAAUGACCCCGAAUUCCAGCAUGAGGACCUGAACUUCCUGUCGCGCAGCCAGCGCUAUGAGGUGGCCAUCCGGAAGAGCGCCCUCAUGGUGAUGAAGCUGCGUGAGUACGGCAUCGCCGACCCUGAUGAGAUCUACUGGUUUAAAAGCAUGUGCUUGGGCACUUCUGUUGGGCCUUUAAAUCUCCACUUCGGCAUGUUUAUACCCACCAUAAAGAACCAGGGCACUGUGGACCAACGAGAGAAAUGGCUACCUCUCACCUGUGGACUGCAGAUAAUUGGCACCUACGCCCAGACCGAAAUGGGGCAUGGAACUCAUCUCCGAGGCCUGGAGACCACUGCCACCUAUGACCCAGCUACCCAGGAAUUCAUUCUCAACAGCCCCACUGUGACUUCCAUUAAGUGGUGGCCUGGUGGACUCGGAAAGACCUCAAACCAUGCCAUAGUCCUGGCUCAGCUCUACACUCAGGGGCAAUGCAAAGGGUUACAUGCCUUCAUUGUACCCAUUCGGCAAUUGGGCACCCAUGAACCCUUGCCAGGUAUUACUGUGGGUGACAUCGGACCAAAGUUUGGUUAUGAUGAAAUGGAUAAUGGCUACUUAAAAAUGGAUAACUUCCGUAUCCCCCGGGAAAACAUGCUCAUGAAGUAUGCCAAGGUUGAACCGGAUGGUACGUAUGUGAAACCCCUCAAUGACAAGCUGACUUACGGGACCAUGGUAUUCAUCAGAUCCAUCAUCGUGGGUGACUCUGCUCGCUCCCUGUCCAGGGCUUGCACCAUUGCUAUUCGUUACAGUGCAGUGAGGCACCAGUCUGAGCUGAAGCCAGGGGAGCCAGAGCCCCAGAUCUUGGAUUAUCAGACUCAACAGUAUAAACUCUUUCCUCUCCUGGCAACUGCAUAUGCCUUUCAUUUUGUUGGAGCUUACAUGAAAGAAACCUAUCUUCGCAUUACAGGAGACAUCAGUGAGGGAGACCUGAGCCAGCUGCCAGAGCUCCAUGCACUGACUGCGGGGCUGAAGGCGUUCACUUCAUGGAUAGCCAAUGCUGGCAUUGAGGAAUGUCGAAUGGCAUGUGGUGGGCAUGGCUACUCUCGUUGCAGCGGCCUUCCUGAUAUCUAUGUCACUUUCACUCCAUCCUGUACCUACGAAGGAGAAAACACUGUCAUGAUGCUGCAGACAGCUAGGUUCCUGGUCAAAUGUUAUGCUCAGGUUAGUUCGGGCCAGUUGGUUAGUGGAAUGGUAUCCUACCUUAAUGACCUCUCAGGGCAACGCAUCCAACCACAGCAAGUGGCUGCUAGACCCACAACCGUGCACAUCAAUGAUCCAGCCAGCCUGGUAGAAGCAUAUAAAGUGCGGGCAUCCAGGCUUGUAGAAGCUGCAGCAAAGAACUUGCAAGGGGAGCUGAACCGUAGGGAGAGCAAGGAAGAUGCCUGGAACCGAACCUCUGUUGAUCUGGUGCGAGCUUCAGAGGCACACUGUCACUAUGUGGUGGUGAAGCUCUUCACAGCAAAGCUCUCAGAGAUAAGUGAUGCAGCUGUUCGUGCCAUCAUGACUAGUCUGUGUCUCCUGUAUGCUCUCCAUGGAAUCAGUAAGCACACGGGGGACUUCCUGCAGGGGGGCAUUUUGACAGAUGCACAGGUUACUCAGGUAUACCAGCAGGUGAAGGAUCUCCUGGCUGUAAUCCGCCCCAAUGCUGUAGCACUAGUCGAUUCCUUUGACUUUCAUGAUUCCCAUCUUGGAUCUGUGCUUGGACGCUACGAUGGCAACAUCUAUGAAAACAUGUUUGAGUGGGCAAAGAAAUCCCCCCUAAACAAAACUGAGGUUCAUGAGUCUUUCCACAAACACUUGAAGCCGAUGCAAGCCAAGCUGUGAAACCAGCCCCAUGUUUGAAAAUUCACAGACUCUCCAAGUCUAGAAAUUGGAUGUCAUUGCCCUUCCUUUCAAGCACCUGAAUUGAAUCUUUCCAAUUCUAAUAAGACAGAAAAUAAUUGUAACCAUGCAUUCUGGUUUUGUUUUGUUUUUUUUUGUUUUUUGUUUAAUCAGUUGAAGAGAGUCAGUGGGAAGAUUUGCUUAGGAACUGGACCGUUGGUUUGUUUGCUUUGUUUUAAAGUGCAGUUAUAAUCAUGGUGAGAAAUGAACUUUUUAAACAUUUGGGAGAGCAUUAGGGGCGUACAAGGCUUGCAUGUGUGAAGCUGCUAAGUGCUGGAGUUGCUGUCAUCAGGGAAAGGUAGCAGAAUUUUACUACUAAGUAGUUAACUGUGUUUAGGCAAUAGCCGCUGAGAAGCAAUUAUGUCUUGUAUUUUUUUGUUGUUGUUGUUAAGAAAAGCCACUAUUUUUAUUCUCUUUUUCAGUUUAGCACCAGCCUCUCUUGCCCUGGUGCCCUCAUACAUAAACACAAAACUGAUGUAUAAAUUCUCUGGCUUCUAGCUCUUUGCGAGGAGACCUGGUCCAGAACCAGGCUUCACUGGUUAAGAGAGUUCUUGGGCUUUUAUUGUAGAUCUGUGACACCUUACACUUCAAUCCCCACAUCAUGACUCAUGUUUGCCUGAGCACUACAUUCUCUGUCUGGCAGGAGUUCCCACCCUUCCUUCUCUGCAUCAGUUCUGGCCUCUUGCAGCAUCUCUGAAUUACCGCCUUAUGGAGCACUGCCUCAAUCAAACUUAUCUAGGGAGCUUUCUCUAGGAAAUUCCAUUGUUUCCUUCCUCCCCCUGCCUUUCCAACACCCCUGUCACAUAUCCCCUUGGCACCUCCAGUCUUUGAGGUUUCCAGUUGAUGGCUAAUCAAAAAAGGAGAAAAUGGUGAUACUUUUCUCUUUUAACAGAA